CCACCUUGACGCUGUUAGCGGAUCGUCGGAAUGGACGGGACGGGAGGACACGCCGCUCGUCACUAAGUUCAGAAGAAAGUGUGAGCGUCCAUGUCUGCAGCGCAAACCUCCACACGCUGACACGGUCACUGGCAGCGAUGUCGAGGGAGAACACCACCCGGAGUCUGGACAGUAUAGACCUGGCAGCUUUACGAGAUCCAGCAGGUAUCUUUGAGUUGGUGGAAGUUGUCGGCAAUGGAACCUACGGUCAAGUUUACAAGGGUCGUCACGUCAAGACAGGCCAGCUGGCAGCUAUCAAAGUCAUGGACGUCACAGAGGAGGAAGAAGAGGAGAUAAAGCUGGAGAUCAACAUGUUGAAGAGUUACUCCCACCACAGAAACAUCGCUACCUAUUAUGGAGCUUUUAUUAAGAAAGAGCCUGCUGGACAGGACCACCAACUCUGGUUGGUGAUGGAGUACUGUGGAGCCGGCUCAGUAACUGACUUGGUGAAGAAGACUAAAGGAAACUGUCUGAAGGAGGACUGGAUAGCUUACAUCUGCAGAGAGGUGCUCAGGGGUCUUUCCCAUCUUCACUCCCAUCAUGUGAUUCACAGAGACAUUAAGGGACAAAAUGUUUUGCUCACAGAGAAUGCUGAAGUCAAACUGGUUGACUUCGGAGUGUCGGCUCAGCUGGACAAGACCAUUGGGCGAAGGAACACCUUCAUUGGUACCCCCUACUGGAUGGCUCCAGAGGUCAUCGCUUGUGAUGAGAACCCUGAUGCCACAUACGACUACAGGGUACUUGAUGACGCAGAAGUAUUCUGGCCAACUUCAAGGACAUUUUUGUGUAACCUCUUGGGAUGUUGCAAAAAAAGAAAAACCCACUGAGAAUAAUGUUAGUUCCCAUCAGCUCGUGUGACUCAUGAAUAUAAAAGUCUAGGGCAUCUAGCAGAAAUGCGAAGAACAUUUCAAUGUGAGUUGAGUUUGAAAGUUCACGUUCUUUAUUAUCAGUUAACACAAACCAUAUGUGAGCUUUCAUGCAGCCACUCAUCAAGCACAUUCAGUGGCACAGAGAUUAGUUGUGCAGUAUUGAUUGUAGGUCACACAUGUCACACAAUCAGUGUAGUCAAGCUCAUGAAUAAAUACAAAAAAUAGACUUAGGGUGGAAAAAAGGUUCGGGAUGUGGUUACUUGAAUGAAGCAGAAACCAUUAUGCAGCCUUUAGAGAACCAUGUCUAUUUGACAGAUGCAUGUGAGAUGGAGAACAUUGUGAGGCAGAAAAUGCUUUAAGAGUUUUAAGCUUGGACCCAGUCGGACAAGCUACAAGAUGA